UCGACCCGCACACAAAAACCUGAUAAAAACUAUAUUCGUCUUGACAAGCUGAGUUUGACGUUGAAUCAUUAAACUUUGGGGAGCCGCAGUAAGAACAUACUUUAUGCGUGCUUUUUAAAUGUAGAUAAAAAAUUGAGAGGCAGUUAUCACCGCGUGGAUGGAGCUUGGAGCACAUAUAAUAGAUUAGAAACUAAAAUUUUGACAUAACCUAUAAACACAAUGGACGAUACCUUUUUGCAGGACGAAGGGCCGAGUUUUGAUAGGGCUACUUUGGAAAUUAAAAACGACAACAGCGAGGAAUUGAAUUCACAGGCUGUAAAAGAUAGUAAGCCCAACAAUUCGAAAGCUAAACCGGGAAUUAGUGUACCUGGUAUACCUUAUGUUCGAUUAGAUUGCCAUACAUUUUUUUCUGAUAGAAAUGAAGUUGUAGAGAAAGCUUUUGCUGAUUGUCAGAGGGAUCUUCUUAGCAGUACUGAAGAAGAUGAAUUUGUAGGCUCAUGGUUGUUGACAGAAAUCAGUAUAUGGGACACAGAAAAAGAGAGACUUAUUUUACUAACGAAAAAUUCUUUGUAUGCUAUUAAAUAUGACUUAAUCUCUUUGAAAAUAUUAGAGUAUAAGAAAGUAUAUUUAGCCGUCAUUGAUACUUUGAUUGCUGGAGAGCUGAUAUAUCCACCAACAUCACUGUUACCACGCUUAAAUGGGUUGGCAGAAGGGGUUUCUUCUCUUAUUCAUAGUGUCAUUCGACAAGAAUGGUCAUCAUUUACAUCACUCUCAAGCACUGCUCAAUUCGAACCUAGGGGUCGAAAUAUGUUUGGUCUAAGAUUAAUGUGGAACAAAGGACAACCUUUGUCUAUGGAUAAAAAAUGGAAUCCAUUUGCAAGAAAUAUUCCAUGGAUGACUUUCACAAACCAUCCACUUUUCUGGCAUAAAGGAUCAGACUCUGAUAAAAUGAAAUAUGAUGUAAAUGCCCUACAUUUAGCCCUACAAGACUUAUUGUCAGUAAGUUGCGAAAAGCUAGAAAAUCCAAUAAUAAUUGAAAAUUACGUCGGCAUAGGAUCUCUAGUUCAUAAUCGUACUGGUUUAGGGUUUUUCAAAAUCCGGGGGAAAGUCAGCUUUUAAAUAAAUUCCUGAUACAGUUUUCUUAGUAGGAUAGGUUCUCUUUUUCCCUUAAAAAUUUUCCACUACUUUUGUCAUUCCGUAAUUAACGAUAUUUUCUAAAGAACGAGGAAAAAAAAUGUCAUUAGAGGGUAAGAAUGUAAAAAAACUUUUAUUGGCCUAUGCCUUCUAUCACGUUUUGAAAAUCGUUGCCGCUGUAUUAUUUUAUUAUGUAUGGACAUUUGUGAAAGAAAAUUUCAACAUUUUCUCGUAAUCAUCCAAAUAAUUAUCAAUAUCAUCAUAUGACUAUAACAGUCAUUGUACUUAUAUUAUGUUUACUAGAGUCGAAAUGUUAGGAAGGAACCUGGUGUCUUACAGGUUUAUCACUGCUCCGUCGGUGCGAAUGGCCUUGUCAGUGCAAUUUUAGAAAAAUGUUAUGAUAUAGUAUUAAUUGUAAGUAUUAAUAUAAUAUUAAUUGAUAUAAAUAAAUUUAGAUGGAUCAAAGUA